AAGCAAUUCCACAGAUCUUAAAGAACACUGCGAUAGCUUGAAUGAACUGUUGAUUGAAUCUUUAACUUGUGCCAUAAUCCUCAAGCAGACAGCUGGAGUAUUUAUAUAAAGCUGCGGCUAUUGGAGAAGCCCUAUACUGUCCAAGACAAAGUGAAUCAGUUCAUACGAUACAGAGAACAGUGAUUCAACCAUUGUUUGUGCCCUCAUAGGCUACAGACAUUCAACUCAUGAUAGCCUACUACCCACUGGUCUCCCAUCAUACUGGAACAGGACUGCGCAUUCAUUACUCUGACGCAGGGAUGGAGUGAUGUAUCCCAGGAGGAGCAGGCAGGAUGUGCACGGUGGUAUUAGUGCAUGAUAAGCACUCGAGUAAUCCCGGCAGCACGCCAUCUCCAUUCAGUAUCCGGAGGAACUGAGCUCCCCCAAUACAGACUGCUGAACAUCUUCUGGCCUACCUUCCAAGAUCACUGCAUUCUGUGCGCUGCGCUCCUUACACUAACAAGGAACCUGUGAUGUCUGCCAUGGCUACCGUGCUAGAGACAAGAAGAGAGUCUCUUAUCCUCAGCCUGAACACUCAUCAGGAUAAAGGAGGACCUCUACUCUGCCCUUCUCCCUCUGAGUCAACAAGCGUCUUAAACCACUCCUGCCAGGACUCAGCCACCCUCCAUCCUCCUGCUUGUGUCCCCCUCCAAUCAGCCCCACAGGAAGAGCAAGAAAAACCGCUGAAAAACAAACGUCCCCAACGUGGCCGCCACCUGAAGCGCUUCAGCUCCAAGUGGCGUUCUGGUGAUCCUGUGGACAGCAGCGGCAGCCACCCGGUCUUCACCAGCAGGGCCGCCAUCGACCUGCCGAGUGAAGCGACCCACAAGAAGCGGCGUCACCUUCUGUGUCACAGGCAGCCGGUGAGCGAGGGCGGCAGCAACCAGCGCCAGCGCUACGUCAGCAAGGACGGCAAGUGUCGGGUCAACCUGGGCCCCAUCGAGGACAAGACGCGCUUCCUCUCCGACAUCUUCACCACCCUCGUGGACCUCCAGUACCGCUGGUUCCUGUUCCUGUUCACCAUGUGCUACAUCCUCACCUGGGUAGCAUUUGCGGCAAUCUACCUUUUGGAUGCGUGGCUGCGCGACGACGUGGCUCACGUCCACGACCCCGACAGGAAGCCCUGCUUUCAGAAUGUGGACAGCUUCCUGUCGGCGUUGCUCCUGUCGCUGGAGAGCCAGCGGACCAUCGGCUACGGCUCCCGAAUGGUCACGGCGCACUGUCCCGAGGGCGUGGUUCUGCUGAUGGUGCAGUCCAUCCUGGGCUCCAUCAUCGACGCGCUCAUGGUGGGAUGCAUGUUCGUCAAGAUCUCCCGGCCGCAGAAACGCGCUCAGACGCUCAUCUUCAGCAAGCGGUGCGUGAUCUCGGAGCGCGACGAGAGGCUCUGCUUGCUGUUUCGCAUCGGGGACCUGCGAGCCAGCCACAUGGUCGACGCCAAGAUCCGGGCCAAGCUCAUCAAGUCCAGGCAGACCCAGGAGGGAGAGUUCAUUCCCCUGGAGCAGUCGGAGAUCAACCUGGGCUACGACACCGGGGGGGACAGGCUCCUGCUGGUGGAGCCUCAGACCAUCACACACGUCAUCGACCACAGGAGCCCCUUCUGGGAGGUGGGGGCGGAACGCCUGACCAGGGAGACGUUGGAGAUCAUUGUGAUUCUGGAGGGGAUCGUCGAGGCCUCGGGUAUGACGUGCCAGGCCAGGACCUCGUACACGGAGAACGAGAUCCUGUGGGGACAUCGCUUUGAAUCCUGCAUGUCAUUGGAGAAAGGAGCCUUUCGGGUAGACUACGGUGCAUUUGAUAAAACCUUUGAAGUGCAAAUGUCCCCAAUAAGUGCAAAAGAGAGAAAAGCUGCAAAAGAUCAAGAUGGUGAGCUUCAUUAAAGGCCAGAAAUCCCUACUCAUCAGUAAAAGAUUGGCAGUUCUAAUUGUUAUCCUUUCAUUGCUACAGUUAUUGCCAGCGAAGAAUGCAUAUGAAUACUGAUUAUCCACAAUAAUUAUUUAUUUAAUCCAUCCAAUAAUCCUGAGGCCAAAAACAAAAUCAUUGUCAGGCCACAUAAACAUAUAAGGUUUUAACAUAUGUUUACACAACACAAUAUAUAUUUAUGCAAUCACAAACUUGUAUAAAUUGGUCUUGUAGCGGAUACUCUUUCAAUAUAGAACUAAUUUAUGCAUACAUACUAUUACUUUAUGUAUAUAUACUAUUUGUAUACGAAUAGGUACAUAUUCUACAGACAAGAGGAAUCUAAUUGAAUGACCAACAGCUUCCUACAAGAUGAUCAUAGUCAAUCAUAUGGCCAACAAAACCAUUUGUCCUCAAGCACCCGGAUAGUACAUAGCUCUAAUUUAUUUCAUAAUUUUCUAUAGGUUAUUGUUAACGGCAAACUGAUCCAUGGGACUUGGCUGUUAAGACGAUGUUUGCUCUGCUAAGGUCUAACACGUUCACAGUUGGCCAUCGCUGCCUCCGUAGGGCCAGGUCUGGUGCUCAGAGGUGGAUCUAGAAACAGGGUUAGUGGAAUGAGAAGUGGGUCUUUGUUCUCUUUUCUCUGUUUCUUGAGACUAAAAGGAGAAGUAGAUCUAGAUCACCUCCCUGAUGAUAUUGGUAAUAUAAAGUCUACACCAGAGUAGCUUCAAGGUGGAAUUGUCUUUCUUUAAUAAAGAAAGAAGGUACACAAUAAUACAAAAAAUAGGGUGGUGGGCGGGGGGCAUCCCCUUGAGAAAACCAUUUACUGACGCCUCUGCACUGGGCUAAGAAUACCAUGUAAGUGGGUUGGGGUCGUCUUACUGUAGUGUACUUCAUGAUCUGGUUGUGAUGUGGGUGGUGGUAGAUAUGCGCUUCUGUGUGCCGUGGGUGGUAAAUAUAAAUCUAGCAGGAACAUGCCAUUUUUUUGUUGAGUGAUUUUGACUUCUAGUUAUCUCCUUAUAGUGAUAGUGGAUACUCUACCUCUGCUUAGUAUUUUCUUUAUCCGCAUGUUAUUUUUAAAAGGAAUCAUUCUUCUUUUGAAAAACGUAGAAAUCAUACUGAUGGGUUUCUGGUAGCGGUCAGUCACACUGAGAAGAACAUUUAGCCUACCUUGCCAUUGGCAUGGUAACAUGCUAGCUUGGUACUGACACACUGACACAUACUCCUGUGCUCUCCUUUUGUUGCCAUGCGCUUUCUAAAAUGCUAUUGUGCUAAUGCUGUGCAAGCACACUAAUGUAGUAGCAGGCCACGAUACUACAUGCUACAUACUCUUACUUGGAGGCAUACUUUUAUGCCAUAUCAUGCAAAUGUGCUAAUGCCUGUACGCUGUAAAAAAAAAAAAAAAAAAGGUUUUAACAGAAAGGUCUAGCCAAAGUCACAGCAAAACUUUGGAAACCUGUAUCUUUUUGAGAUAAAAUCAUUCUGCUUUAACCAAUUGUCUGUAUUUUUAUGAUUUGAUAGACGCGAGAGUUCUGUUACCAUCUAUGUUGGCUCUCAUCAAUGAGCACCUGUUUGGUUUUAGGGUCACUUACUCACUAACUUGAAUGCACUAAAGUUUUCCUGUCUAAAAAUGUCCUUCCCGAAGGAAAGCAGAAUGAGGCCAGGCGGUAUGAGGACGGCCCGCAAUGCUCCCAAUCCAACCACAUGUACCCAUCCCAUACUUUAUGUUUGUUUCGCCAGGAUUUGAUUCUCCCUGGUCUGCAAUGAUUCUUUAUUCUUUAGUCUAUUCUCCAAACUCAUAAACAUGUUGUGUAUAUGUAUUGUGUACCUUCUCUGAGAGGCAAAGAAGUAAAACAAUAUCCCUUAUUUUUUACAUUGACAUUCCUUUGUUUUGAAACAUUUGUGUUCUUGAUGUGGUCUUCGGUGCCUUCCAGCACAAAAGUCAACUUAGAAAAAGAUAAUAUUUGAUUUAAUAUAAAGUUUCUCAACCUCACAAAGCUUUGGUACCAGAAAAAGGUUUUAUAAUGGCCUACUUUCAUGAUGUCGUUUAUAUUAUCAAAUACUGGUAAAUAAUUUGCUUUGUGUGUGUGUGUUAACUGCUUGGGUAAAGGGACUGGUGAAUUGUA